AUGGAUAUCGGAAGGAUAGGUCAAGGUUUUUUGUUAGCCUGUCUCCUGCUUAACGUCAAUGCACUGUUCGUCAAGAAUUCUGUGAAUACCGGAAUUGAGGCAGUUAGAAAAGCACCUCGAUGGAAUUUACCUUGGCUCUGGAUCGGUAUGUGGUGUAAUGGGUGUCCUCCUAGAGGCUGCGAAGACGAUGAAGCUAUCAUUCAUGGCUACUGUUGUGGUUGUGCAUAUCCUUUAGAUCAACUGCCAAUAAUCUGUCCCUCGUUCCUGCAGUGCCCACUCAAUCUCCACGGACUCUGUCACGACUACGAGUACAUGAUGAGAUGCUGCUGUUAA